AAAAUGAGACAGCGCAGAUCUUGCAAUAAAAGGACAAACUCAGUUGAGAUUACGCGGUAAUGAGUUCAGUAAUUAUACGAAUAUUUAUUAGCUAAGUCAUAUUUAGAAAAGAAAAAAAAACACCCAAUGAACAGAUAUUGCCAAGGUGGUGCAAUCUCGAGGGAAUAAAUAUCCUUUACCUUUACCAUUAAGGAAAUGAAACCUUUUGUAGACGUAACUUCUCUUUUUGUCUGAAAAAUGGAUAAUCACUAACGCACAUUAUUAGCAUAAGCAUAUAUGUGUGUGUGUGUAUAUAUGUAUAUUCUCAUAUGAUCCAUUAGUGGAACUCUUUGUAAGAAUGGCUGAAAACAAACAGGAGAAAAUAUCAUCGGAAUCCAUGGAGGGAGGAAACUCGACGACGAGAGUGACGGCUGCGGCGGAUAAGUACCGUUCCAUAUUGAACGGAGAAGAAGCUGCCACGACGCAGUGGAGGCACGGCGGUCCACCGAAAUUCGACGCCGUUAACAAGCUCUUCGAACAAGGACGAACCCAUGUGUGGCCUGAAGGGUCAUUGGAGGAGACAGUGCAGAACGCAAUCAAGUCAUGGGAGAUGGAGCUUUCCCACAAGAUCCACUUGCAGGACUUCAAGACCAUCAAUCCUGAAAAGUUCAAGCUCUUUGUCAAUGGGAGAGAAGGUUUGUCUGCUGAAGAGACACUGGAGCUGGGGAGCUACAAUGCUCUGCUGAAGAACUCUCUGCCUAAAGAGUUUCAGUAUUACAAAGCAGAGGAAGAGACCUUCGAGUCAUCCCAUGAUGUCUUCAGGUCUGCUUUCCCACGUGGCUUUGCGUGGGAAGUGCUUGCUGUGUAUUCAGGGCCACCCACUAUAGCCUACAAGUUCAGACACUGGGGUUACUUUGAAGGACCUUACAAAGGCCACGCUCCUACAGGGGAAAUGGUUGAAUUCGUCGGUCUUGGUGUUCUAAAGGUCGAUGAAUCUCUAAGGGCAGAGGAGGUUGAGAUUUACUAUGAUCCCGGGGAACUGUUCGGAGGACUCCUCAAGGGACCUCCAUUACCAGAGACCAAAACAACAGACAGUACAGAGUAUUCAGGAAAACAAAGCUGCCCCUUUACCCAUUAAGAGAGCUUCAGUUCUGAAGCAUGCUCCUUUGUUCAUGUAUCUCUUUUUUCUAUCAGAAAAUAAAGAAACCAAAGCCUUUCCGAGGCUUUAAAAUA